AUGACGGUUCCCGUUGAAGAUAACUUCGAUUUUGUCGUUGUUGGCGGCGGCACAGCUGGAAAUGUCGUGGCCGGUCGACUGGCCGAGAACCCCGACGUGAGGGUUUUGGUCAUUGAAGCAGGCGUUAGCAACCCGGGCGAGAUCUCUGAGAUCACCACGCCAUCAUCAGCCUUUGGACUGCGUGACAGCCAGUAUGAUUGGGCGUACAAGUCUACCAUGAUAAACAAGCCGUACUAUGAGCGGGUAGAGAAGCCUAACACCCGGGGCAAGGUACUCGGGGGGAGUAGCUCUUUGAACUACUAUACCUGGAUUCGAGGGAGUAAGGGGACUUUCGAUGCAUGGGCGGAAUAUGGGGGUCCUUCCUGGAAUUGGGAUGGGUGCGAGGAGUAUUUCAAUAAGCCCGCUACCUACCACGACGACGACAACCUCUACCCCUCAGAGCUAUCCAGAAUCGGCCGCAACGGUCCUCUGCACGUAUCCCACGCGGACCUCGUGCCAGAACUACACACCUUCCGAGACGCCCUGACUGAAGCAUGGACCAGCAAAGGCCAGAAGACAUGCGAGGACAUCUACUCCGGCAAGAUGGAGGGUUUGACGCACUGUGUCAACAGCAUCUACGGCGGGGUGCGGUCGACCAGUGCAUCGUAUUUGACUGAUAAGCCGAACGUGACGAUUCUGAGUUCUGCGAUCGGGAAGAAAGUCAACUUCGAUGGUGUCAAGGCAACAAGUGUCACUGUAAUUGGCGCCGAUCGGACUGAAUUGACUUUCACUGCUAAGUAUGAGAUUAUACUCGCGUGCGGCGUCUUCGAGACACCAAAGCUGCUGAUGCUCUCCGGGAUUGGUGCAAAGGACGAGUUAGCUCGUCAUGGCAUUGACUCGGUUGUGGAUUCGGAGCAUGUUGGCCAGAAUUUGCAUGAUCAUCCUAUUCUUGCGCAUGUGUUCCGGCUGAAGGAUGGGACUGGUCUUGAUGGUCAUCUUCUCCGUGCCGGUCCUGCGCAGAGCGCUGCUUUGCAGAAGUAUCGCACUAGUAAGAAGGGGCCCUUUAGUAGUGGGUUACUGGAAAUGGUAGAAGAUAUUGAUGAGUUGCAGCCGAUGUUCUCCGACGCCUUCCAAUGGCACUUCCCCGUUCCUCCCGAAGGCGACUGGCUGACCGUCAUUGUCGAUCUUCUCCGCCCGCUGUCCAGAAACGGAGAAGUGAAGCUCAACUCGGCCGAUCCACACCAACAACCAUACAUCAAUCUGAACUUCUUCUCCAAUGAACUUGACAUCCUAGCCUUGCGGGAGGGCGUCCGUUUCGUGGACGAUAUCCUCAUGACCGGAGAUGGGAUGAAAGAGAUUCUCGGGGAAGACUACCCAUGGCCUAUGCCCCGGCAUUCGGAUGAAGCCAUGAACAAAAUGAUCUUGGAGCGGUCGCAAACGGGAUACCACCCCUGCGGCACGGCCCGACUGUCCAAGGACAUUGCCCAGGGCGUGGUAGACCCGGAGCUUCGCGUCCACGGCGUGCAGAAUCUUCGGGUCGUGGAUGCAUCCAUUAUCCCUCUUAUUCCUGACUGUCGGAUUCAGAAUGCUGUGUAUAUGAUCGGGGAGAAGGGCGCGGACAUGAUCAAGGCAGCUUAUCCGGCGCUUUAUCGAAGCUGA